AUGGAUCGCACGGCGGCCCCAGACGACACGGAGAACGCGGGCAGCCCGGCGCCGACCAGCGGCGCCGCGUCGCCCGACCCCUUGCGGGUGGCGGGGCUGCGCUUCGCCUACGGCGACCGCCCGGCGCUGCGCGACGUCAGCUUUCGCGUGCCGGCCGGCGCGGUGACUGUGCUGCUGGGGCCCAACGGCGCCGGCAAGACCACCCUGCUGGGGCUGGUCACCGGCCUGCUCGCGCCCCAGGCCGGCCGCAUCCGCAUCGCCGGGAAAAGCCGGGCGCGCGACGGCGCCGGCGUGCUGAGCGCGCUGGGCAUCGUCUUCCAGCAGCCGACCCUGGACCUGGACUUGAGCGUCGCCCAGAACCUCGCCUACUUCGCCGGCCUGCGCGGCCUUUCGCGGGCCGAGACCCGCACUGGCCUGCGCCGCGAGCUGCAGCGCUUCGGCCUCUGGGAGCGGCGCCAUGAGGCGGUGCGCCGGCUCAACGGCGGCCACCGCCGACGCGUCGAGAUUGCCCGCGCCUGCCUGGACAGCCCGCCGCUGCUGGUGCUCGACGAGCCCACCGUCGGCCUCGAUAUCCCGACCCGCCGCGCCCUGGUUGCCGACCUGCACGCGCGCGCGCAGGAGGCCGGCGCGGCCGUGCUCUGGGCGACGCACCUCAGCGACGAGGUCUGGCCGGGCGACCGCCUGCUCGUGCUCGACCGCGGCGAGCUGCGCGCGGCGGGCAGCCUGGAGCAGGUGCUGGCGCAGACCGGCGCGCCGGACCUGGAGGCCGCCUUCGACGCCCUGACCGGGCCACCGCCGGCCCCGGCCGCGGCGGCGCUGCGCUUCCUGCAUCAGCGCAGCCGCCUCUUGGCCGCGCUGGUGCGUCCGCUGCUCUGGCUGCUGAUCUUCGGCCUCGGCCUGCGCGCCGCCAUCGCGCUGCCCCAGGUGGCGCCCUACGGCGCGGCCGUGGCCUACGAGCUCUACCUGGUGCCCGGCCUGAUCGGCAUGAUCCAGCUCUUCAACGGCAUGCAGUCCUCCCUCUCGAUGGUCUACGACCGCGAGAUGGGCUCGAUGCGGGUGCUGCUGACCACGCCGUUGCCGCGCCCCGUGCUGCUGGUCGGCAAGCUGCUGGCCGGGGUCUGCGUGUCGCUGAUCCAGGUCUAUGCCUUCCUGGCGAUCGCCGCGCUCUUCGGGCUGCGCUUUGCCCCGGCCGGCUACCUGGCGCUGCUGCCGGCGCUGCUGCUGACCGGCCUGUUGCUGGGCGCGGCCGGCCUGCUGCUCUCCUCCCUGGUGCGCCAGCUCGAGAACUUCGCCGGGGUGAUGAACUUCGUGAUCUUCCCGGCCUUCUUCCUCUCGACCGCCCUCUACCCCCUGUCCGUCCUGCGGGAGUCCAGUCCGCUGAUCGCGGCAGUUUGCCGGCUCAAUCCCUUCACCUACGCGGUCGAGCUGCUGCGCUUCACGCUGCACCUGCAGGUCAACCUGCCCUCGCUGGCGGUCGUCGCCGCGGCGACCGCCGCCCUCGGCCUGGCCGCGGUCUGGAGCUACGACCCGAGGCGCUGGCACAGCCGCGGCGGGCCGGCCGGCGCCUGA